AUGCGCUCCCGUAUAUCAGUCGUAAAUGAAAGAACUCUCUCAAAUGUGUAUGGUCCCUCUGGUGAUCCUGGAACAAUGGACACCAUUUUCUCAACCCCUGGACAAACAUUUUCUGGUGAAUCUUACACCUAUUCGGGCAGCGAACGUCGCACGUGUCCUCCGGGUGUGGACUACGGACGACACUAUCCAAUCUCUUACUUGCAGUUAGCCGAACAAGGUUUUACUGCAAUUAUGAGCAGUGAUCAAUUCGCUCCCAGUUCAGCCACUGAAAAAGCUCGUCUGCGGAGUCGGUCUUUGGCGCGUCCAGGUUAUUCGUCCUCUGCCUUCCACAGUCAACGUCAAUCCCGUCGUGAUACUGCCCCAGCAGCAUCGGUUACACGUCCGCCCGGAGCUUCGUUAGAUCGCCAGCCGCCCGAUGCGACCGAUGCGGAUCACACCAGAGCUAACACAAUUGCAACAACCCCUUUGAAUUUGACUGAUUUGAUUCCUCCGAUACCCAUUCUUAUCGAUCCAUAUCGAACGUGCAUGCCAAACGUGGAUAACUCACUAGUUCCCCUGGUUGCUUUCGAACCUUUGCUCGUUUAUUUUGUCGACAGUGUCAUACGUCUUAUCCGCUCGCCAUCACCAAACCGUCUACAGUACAAUCGCCUGGCGGACAUAUUCGUUGACAUUAUUCAAGCGCCCUUUGCUCAGAACAAAGAGGCACUGCAUUUCACUUCAGCAGAAAGCAUAUCAUUGUGA